AUGUUCUGGGCAAGUCCUGAUCUCAAUACCUUCAAUUCUACAACUGAUGGAGACAUAUUUUUAGAUACUUUAGAGCCUACAAUGAUAUCAGUUAAUGAUAGUGUUUUACAUACACUUACUCUUAACUUCAGUUCAUUGCAAGCAUCUCAAGUUGGAGAAUAUGUUUGUAGAGCUCUAGUGGAUGAUGGUACUAAUACUAGUAAUGUCAUAACAUCAAAUUAUUCUGUAUCUGUUCAAGUACCUACUCCUGUGGUCACAUCUAGUCUCAAUACAACAGGACGUAUUUUUGAAAGCAAUGAAAUUCAGCUAUUAUGUAUCGUAAUUAUUACUUUACUGGAUGUUGAUCAAACUGUUACCAUUAACUGGUUUGGACCUAAUGGACUCAUUACAAUGAAUGAUGCUAAGUAUAGCAUUAGUACUGGGGAGAUCAACUCAACUACUAAUGGAAGUAGUUUAGCAUUCACUGCAUCUCUAUCAGAUAAUGGAACUGAUUACUAUUGUACUGCUAGUGUUGGACCUGCUAGUAAUGUGAAUGGGUUUGAACUGAUUUUACCAGCUACUGCUAUGUCAACUAAUACUACUAUUACAGUGGAAAUUGUACCUCUACCAAUAAUUUCAAUUACUGAUGUUGGUAUUCCAGUAACAGGAGAUUCAUUCCAGUUAGUGUGUACUGGAACUGCACCAGCUAAUGUAUCAAGUAUUGCUACUGUUAGUGUUCAAUGGCUUCUUAAUGGUACUGUGUUUACUGAUGAUACACUGGAAGGAGUCACUGUUACUAAUAGUGGGUCUAUGGCCACAUUAUCAUUCAGUUCUCUUAAUGCUUCUACUCAUGAAAGAGAUGAUUAUACUUGUGAAGCUACUCUUAGUAUUCCUGAUGUACCAACAACUAAAAUAGCAAGCAUUAUGCACAGCCUUCAGACUUUAACUAAUCCUGUUGUUAUGAUACGUUCAAGUCAACCUUAUUUUGCUGGUCAAAUCUAUUCAUUAAACUGUACUGUCACAAUAGUAGCUGGAGUCCUCAAUAUAACAUGGUUUAAUAGCAGUGGAAAUGAAUUAAUGGAAGGAAAUGGAAUAAGUUUUAAUUUGGUGACUGUUUCUGAUACUGUACAAAGAUAUGAUUUGAUAUUUAAUUCACUUGACUAUUCAGAUAUUGGAGUAUAUACUUGUCAAGCUAGUCUUACCGUUGAUAGAGGUGGUGGUGAUCUAUUUAAUGGAACUGGAUCUGCUAAUGCAACUGUUAGUAUAAGAAUACCAUUACCACAAGUAUCUAUAUCUCCUGAUGGUAAUUCUCCUCUUAUUCAUGGAACUGUUAGAACUGUUAGCUGUUCUGUUGUUUUCACUCCUCCUUUACCUACUAAUCCUGAUGUCUCAUUUACUGUCUUCAAAGAUGAUGAUCAAGUAUCAUUUGAGAACAGUUCCAGGCUAAUAGCAGUUCAGACUGGAACUACUGGUGCUCUUACCUUUCAACCACUCAAUUUCUCUGAUGCUGGUAAUUAUACAUGUACUGCUACAGCAAGAGAUAAUGCUAAUAAUCCAUUAAUAAUACCAAGCAGUGCUUCUGAUGAAUAUAUUGCUACUGUACAAGCCAUUCCUGUUCCUAAUAUCACAUUCACUACUACUACUGGUAGAUCACUGGGAGAGAGUUUAACUCUUAAUUGCACAGUUAAUGUGCUAGAUGACCUAUACAAUAUUAAUGCUACUAGCAGUAUAGUAAGAGAUGGAGAACUGAUUACUAGUGCUACUGGAUCUGGUGAUACGACAGCAAUGAUUAUGAUUGAUUCAUUAAGGUCAUCUGAUGCUGGAGACUAUCAAUGUAUUGUUAAUAUCACUCAACCUGAUAUAGACUAUGAAUUUAAUGGAAUAGAAUCUACUGAAGUGAUGCUAACUUUACCAACUCCUUCAGUUAUUGUUGAGUAUAAUGCUACUGGACAUUUAGUAGAUGGAGAACUAGCAGAAGGACAGUUUCUUGAUAUUAUGUGUAUAGCUGACAUCAGUCAAUAUAUUGAUACUAGUGUUAGUGUUACUAUGAGUUGGAGGAGAAAUAACACUGUACUGACCAAUGGAAGUGAUUUUACUAUCAGUCCUCCAGUUAUGACUAAUAAUCAGUACACUGGUGUGUUACGUAUUAAUAGUUUAAGAGAUGAACUUGAUAAUGGUGCUAGUUAUAAUUGUUCAGUUAGUGUGACUCCUAAUACUCUUUUUAUAUUAGCAGGAAAUGAUAAUAGCAGUGCAGUUACAUUAACUGUAUCAAGGUUUGAUAUCAAUCAUAUUGAUAUAAGUAUCAAUAUUCCUUCUGUUCCUGUUGCUGGUGAUGUAUUCAAUUUAUCUUGUUUUAUAGUUGUACCUCCUAAUUUUGUUGAGAAUCUUACUAGUGUCAGAUGGACUUAUGAUUUAGAAGCAUCUCGAGAUGUGACUAGUGAAAACAAUGAUGCUACACUAGUACCUGUUGUUAGAAAUGGAAAUAUAUUCACCAGUGUACUUACACUAGAUCCAGUGAAGACAACUGAUGCUAGACAAUAUUACUGCUAUCCAACAAUUCUAGUAUUUAACUAUGUUGAUCGUACUAACAGAGAUUUAACUGUUCAAAUAUCUCCUCCCAGUGUAUCAAUAGUUGCUGAUCCUCCAACUGGUCCAAUAUAUGAGAGUACAGGUUACUUACUGACCUGUACAGCUACAGUAAACACUACAAUAGUGAAUACACCAGUAACUGCUAGUGUAGUAUGGACUGAUCCUAGUGGUAAUGUAAUACCAACUAAUGAAGCAAGACGUCAAGUGAUACCUCCAACUGGUAACAGUUUUUUAAGCAUGCUAUUGUUUCAACCUAUUGAUACUGGUCUUAAUAAUGAUGGAGGAACAUAUACCUGUCAAAUGAUCAUCAAUUCUAGUAACUCAUUAAUAGCAUCAAGUCAACCUACUGAUACCCUUACUGUUACUGUUGAAAGGCUUCCUUCAAUGACAGUAGAUUUCUCAUCAGUUGGUUUAAUUGAAGUUGGUCAGAGUCUAACUAUAACAUGUACUGUAACAACAGUUGAGAGAUUAGCUGUAACACCAUUGAUUACUUUCAUUAAAUUGAAUGAUACAGAUAUGGAAAUGCUCUCUAAUUUAAAUAGGCCAUACAGUAUCACAACAGAUGAUACUGGUUCAGUUACUAACUAUACUCUAAUACUGGAUCCAGUGAGGUUUGAAGAUGCUGGAAUGUAUACAUGUAUGGCUGAGUUUAAUGUAACUGGUUUUAAUAAUACCAAUGAUCCUAGCACUGCUACUUAUGACUCACAAGAGGAUAGUGAUACCUUUAAUUUACUGAUAACAUUACCUCCUCCCAGUGUAUCAAUAGUUGCUGAUCCUCCAACUGGUCCAAUAUAUGAGAGUACAAGUUACUUACUAACCUGUACAGCUACAGUAAACACUACAAUAGUGAAUACACCAGUAACUGCUAGUGUAGUAUGGACUGAUCCUAGUGGUAGUGUAAUACCAAUUAAUGAUACAAGACCUCAAGUGACACCUCCAACUGGUAACAGUCUUGUAAGCAUGUUAGUGUUUCAACCUAUUGAUACUGGUCGUAAUAAUGAUGGAGGAACAUAUACCUGUCAAAUGAUCAUCAAUUCUGGUAACUCAUUAAUAGCAUCAAGCCAACCUACUAAUGCUACCCUUACUGUUACUGUUGAAAGUCUUCCUCCAAUGACAGUAAAUUUCUCAUCAGUUGGUUCAGUUGAAGUUGGUCAGAGUCUAACUAUAACAUGUACCAUAACAACAGUUGAGAGAUUAGUAGUAUCACCAAUGAUUACUUUCAUUAAAAUGAAUGAUACAGAUAUAGAAAUGCUCUCUAACUUGAAUAGACCAUACAGUAUCACAACAGAUGGUACUGGUUCAGUUACUAACUAUACUCUAAUACUGGAUCCAGUGAGGUUUGAAGAUGCUGGAAUGUAUACAUGUAUGGCUGAGUUUAAUGUAACUGGUUUCAAUAAUACCAAUGAUCCUAGCACUGCUACUUAUGAUUCUCAAGAGGAUAGUGAUGUCUUUAAUUUAACUGUUGACUUUCCACCAGUAAUUGUUACUAUAUCAAAGGAACAUGAUGAUACAUUAUAUGCAGGGACACCAUUCUUCAUUAAAUGUGACAUAAUGUUAGAUCCAUUAGUUACUAUACCAGUGGAUGUCACUAAUCAAUGGACACGUGAUGGUACUAAUGUUCCUAUGGGUUCAUCUGAUGCUACUAUUACUGAGGAUCUCAAUAUGAUCAAUACGUCACAUUAUAAUGCAACAUUGAUGUUCAAUCCAUUGGAUAAUGCUGAUGAUAGUGGAAUGUAUACUUGUAAUGUUGAAGUGACUGCUCCUAAUAGUUACAUGUAUCUCAGGAAUACAUCAGCUAGUGCUAAUACUGGUUCUAUUACAGUUAAUGCUACUCCAGUGCCAGUAGUAGAGAUAGUAACUAUGGGUAUUGCUGAACCUGGUGAAGAAUACAUGUUAAGUUGUACAGUGACAGUUGUUGAUAGACUCAUAAUCUCACCAGUGAUAACAUGGACUAAGAGAUCAGCUAACAAUGCUAUUAGUGUACCUCCAGUUCUUAUGACUGUAUCUAAUGUAAUGAGUUCUCUUUAUUUGAGAUUCUCUUCUCUCAAUACUUCUGAUGCUGGUCUGUAUACUUGUGAAGCAUUCAUUAAUGUUAGUCAGAUAUCCAUUGUAGCAAGGAGUAAUGACACAUCAACCCUACCAUUAGAAAGUAAGCAUAAUGAUAACAGUGACUAA